AUGUCUGAAGAGAAUAACCUUUGCAUUAAGAAAUGUGGGUUUUUCGGUACUGCUGAGAAUAUGAAUAUGUGUUCUUUCUGUUACAAAAAAUAUAUGGAGAAACAAUCGUUAGCUGAAAAGGCGGCAAGGAAAGCGAAGGGGAAAGAAGAGAGCGAAGCAGCAGAUAAAAAAGCAGAAGAAAGUGAGAAAGGAGGAUAUAUAGAGAAAGAAGAAGGAAAAAUGGAGAAAGAGGUAACAGAGUGCAGAUGUUUCAACUGCAAUAAGCGUUGCAGAAUGGGUGUGAGUUUUAAGUGUAGAUGUGAUCAUGUAUUUUGUAGCAAGCACAGAUAUCCAGAGGAACAUAAUUGUUCUUUUGAUCACAAGACAUUUGGGCGUCAGAGUCUUGCAAAAAAUAAUCCCCUAAUCAAGGGUUCCAAGAUUGACAAACUAUAA